AUGAACACCCAAUUCAUCUGGACCAAGAAGUGCAAGAAGAGCUUCCUAGAACUGAAGAGGAGGCUAACCACAACACUUGUGUUGGCACUACCCGUGCCACACAAGCCAAUGAUGGUCUUUAGCAACGCAUCCAAGUUUGCUCUCAGGUGCUUCUUGAUACAGGAUGGUCAAGUUGUGUCGUAUGCAUUUUGCCAACUAAAAGAUCAUGAAAAGAAUUAUCCCAUGCAUGAUCUGGAGUUAGCUACAGUGAGGAGGUGGUUGGAGACAAUAAGUGACUACAAAUGCUGGAUCAAGUACCAUCUAGGGAAGGCUGACCUGGUUGUCGAUGCACUGAGUCAGAAGUCUCAGAUGGUGGAUAUAGCGAAAUCGUCAGAGGUGGAUUCUGAAAAUUUACUGAGAUAUGGAAAAAAGGCUUCUGGUGGGAAUGAAUGA